CGUCCUCAUCCCCGCGCGCGCGUUUCCUCAGGGCCCACGGCUUCCCCCUCGGCACCCGGUGCGGAGCCCGGGCGGGGCGGGGGGAGUGGCCUGCGCACGGGCGGAUCGGCCCCUGGGAGGAGGCGGGGCAGCCGGAGUCAGUUGGCGGCCGGAGGCGGCGGCUGGUCGGUGCGGCGGCCUCGCCAUGGUUUUCCUUAAACUCCGCGAGCAGCCACCGCUGGUUCAAGCUAUAUUUAAUGGGGACCCUGAUGAAGUUCGAGCAUUAAUAUUUAAGAAAGAAGAUGUUAACUUUCAGGAUAAUGAAAAGAGGACCCCUUUACAUGCUGCUGCCUAUCUGGGAGAUGCAGAAAUUAUUGAACUACUUAUUUUAUCUGGAGCUAGAGUUAAUGCCAAAGACAGCAAGUGGUUGACUCCCUUACACAGAGCUGUUGCAUCAUGUAGUGAGGAUGCUGUUCAAGUGUUGUUAAAGCAUUCAGCAGAUGUCAAUGCCCGUGACAAAAACUGGCAGACACCCCUACAUAUAGCAGCUGCAAAUAAAGCUGUUAAAUGUGCUGAAGCUUUGGUGCCUCUUCUAAGUAAUGUAAAUGUGUCAGAUCGAGCAGGUAGAACAGCAUUACAUCAUGCAGCCUUCAGUGGACAUGUUGAGAUGGUGAGUUUGUUAUUGUCUAGAGGUGCCAAUAUUAAUGCAUUUGACAAGAAAGACAGACGAGCUAUACAUUGGGGAGCAUAUAUGGGUCACAUUGAAGUUGUGAAAUUACUUGUGACCCAUGGAGCUGAAGUGACAUGCAAAGACAAGAAAUCAUAUACACCCCUACAUGCUGCAGCAUCUAGUGGAAUGAUCAGCGUAGUCAAAUAUCUUCUAGAUCUUGGAGUUGAUAUGAAUGAACCAAAUGCCUACGGAAAUACACCUCUUCAUGUAGCUUGCUACAAUGGACAAGAUGUUGUAGUAAAUGAACUUAUAGACUGUGGUGCUAAUGUAAAUCAGAUGAAUGAGAAAGGUUUUACACCUUUGCACUUUGCUGCUGCAUCAACACAUGGAGCAUUGUGUUUAGAACUUUUGGUCUGUAAUGGAGCAGAUGUAAAUAUGAAGAGUAAAGAUGGGAAAACACCAUUGCAUAUGACAGCAAUCCAUGGUAGAUUUUCAAGAUCACAAACCAUCAUCCAGAAUGGAGCUGAAAUAGACUGUGAAGAUAGAAAUGGAAAUACUCCUUUGCACAUCGCAGCUAGAUAUGGUCAUGAGCUACUAAUCAACACUCUAAUUACAAGUGGUGCUGACACUGCAAAGAGAGGUGUACAUGGGAUGUUUCCUCUCCAUUUGGCAGCAUUAAGUGGAUUUUCAGACUGUUGCAGAAAGCUCCUUUCAUCAGGCUUUGACAUAGACACCCCAGAUGAUUUUGGCAGGACCUGCCUUCAUGCAGCUGCAGCUGGAGGGAAUUUGGAGUGCCUAAACCUUCUGCUCAACACUGGUGCAGACUUCAACAAAAAGGACAAAUUUGGGAGAACGCCACUUCAUUAUGCUGCUGCCAAUUGUAAUUACCAGUGCCUGUUUGCCCUUGUGGGAUCUGGAGCUAGUGUGAAUGACCUUGACGAGAGGGGUUGUACACCAUUGCACUAUGCAGCUGCAUCAGACACAGAUGGCAAGUGCCUGGAAUAUUUACUAAGAAAUGAUGCAAAUCCAGGGAUCCGAGACAAACAAGGAUACAAUGCAGUUCAUUAUUCUGCUGCUUAUGGUCAUCGCUUGUGUCUUGAACUGAUUGCAAGUGAAACUCCCCUAGAUGUUCUAAUGGAAACAUCAGGUACUGACAUGCUGAAUGAUUCCGACAACAGAGCACCAAUUAGUCCAUUGCACUUAGCUGCCUAUCAUGGUCACCAUCAAGCUCUGGAAGUACUGGUGCAGUCUUUGUUGGACCUUGAUGUGAGGAACAAUAAUGGAAGGACACCAUUGGAUCUUGCAGCUUUUAAGGGACAUGUGGAGUGUGUGGAUGUACUUAUUAAUCAGGGAGCAUCAAUCUUAGUGAAAGACUAUGUUGUAAAGAGAACUCCAAUACAUGCUGCAGCUACUAAUGGUCAUUCAGAAUGCUUGCGAUUGUUGAUAGGCAAUGCAGAACCACAAAAUGCAGUGGACAUUCAAGAUGGAAAUGGACAGACUCCUCUGAUGCUGUCUGUUCUCAAUGGGCACACAGACUGCGUUUAUUCAUUGCUUAACAAAGGAGCAAACGUAGAUGCCAAAGAUAAAUGGGGAAGAACUGCAUUACAUAGAGGGGCAGUUACUGGGCAUGAGGAGUGUGUGGAAGCAUUGCUUCAACAUGGUGCUAAGUCCUUGCUACGAGACUGCCGAGGGCGAACACCUAUACACUUAUCAGCUGCAUGUGGACAUAUUGGUGUUCUAGGAGCUCUCUUGCAGUCAGCAACAUCUGUGGAUUCGGUACCGGCCAUAGCAGACAAUCAUGGGUAUACAUCACUGCACUGGGCUUGUUAUAAUGGUCAUGACAGCUGUGUAGAGCUUCUUUUGGAACAGGAAGUUUUCCAGAAAAUGGAAGGAAAUUCUUUCAGCCCAUUGCAUUGUGCUGUCAUAAAUGACAAUGAAGGUGCUGCUGAAAUGUUAAUUGAUACGUUGGGUGCUGGCAUUGUAAAUUCAACAGAUGCAAAAGGAAGAACCCCCCUUCAUGCAGCAGCUUUUACAGAUCAUGUGGAGUGUUUACAGCUUCUACUCAGUCAUAAUGCUCAAGUAAAUGCUGUAGAUUCUUCUGGAAAGACUCCUCUAAUGAUGGCUGCAGAAAAUGGGCAAACUAACACCGUUGAGGUGCUGGUUAGCAGUGCUAAGGCUGAUCUGACCUUGCAAGAUAGCAGUAAAAACACAGCACUCCAUUUGGCUUGCAGCAAGGGUCAUGAAACUAGUGCCUUGUUAAUACUGGAGAAAAUUACGGAUAGAAACCUCAUCAAUGCCACCAAUGCAGCCUUGCAAACACCUCUGCAUGUUGCUGCUCGAAAUGGAUUAACAGUUGUAGUUCAAGAACUUUUAGGCAAGGGAGCAAGUGUACUUGCUGUAGAUGAAAAUGGUUACACACCAGCUUUGGCCUGUGCUCCCAAUAAGGAUGUGGCUGAUUGUCUAGCUCUCAUUUUGGCCACGAUGAUGCCUGUUACAUCAAGCAGCACUUUACCUUCCCUUACAUUCAAUGCCAUUAAUCAUUACACCAACACCUCAAAAACUGUCACGUUUGACUCCUUGCCAAUCAUGAGGAGUGAACAUAGCUCUUAUUGUAGCUUCAACAACAUUGGCAGGGAAGAUGGCUACCCAUAUACAGAAGAGGAUGAGCUUAAUGACUCAGAUUCUGAGACCUAUUAA